AUGCGGGGACUUUUUCACCCCCCAAUUGUAAUUGGGAAGUGUUCACAGGUCCUCAUAAAAAGCAAAGGGUUUGUGGAGGAAGAGAAAUUAAGUUUUCAAGCUCCAGUUGUUAACCGAUACAACAGAAGAGUAUCAGUUUGUGCUGAAGCUUUCAAUCCAGAUGAAGAGGAAGAAGAUACAGAACAAAGGGUAGUUCAUCCAAAAACUGAUGAACAGCGAUGCAGACUGCAGGAAGCAUGUAAAGAUAUCCUGCUCUUCAAAAACCUAGAUCAGGAGCAGCUGUCUCAGGUCCUUGAUGCUAUGUUUGAGAGGAAAGUGAAACCUCAGGAACAUGUGAUUGACCAAGGUGAUGAUGGAGACAACUUCUAUGUCGUUGAGCGGGGAUUGUAUGAUAUUGUUGUAGCAAAGGACAACCAGUCACGCUGUGUGGGCCGCUAUGACAAUCAUGGCAGUUUUGGGGAACUGGCGUUGAUGUACAACACUCCGAGAGCUGCCACCAUUGUUGCCACAACAGAAGGAGCCCUCUGGGGACUGGAUCGAGUGACAUUCAGAAGAAUUAUAUUGAAAAACAACGCAAAGAAGAGGAAGACAUAUGAAUUAUUUAUUGAGUCUGUGCCCCUUCUUAAAUCCUUGGAGGCAUCAGAGCGAAUGAAGAUAGUGGAUGUUAUAGGGGAGAAGGUGUAUCAAGAUGGGGAACGUAUCAUUUCUCAGGGCGAUAAAGCAGAUUGUUUUUACAUUGUAGAAUCUGGUGAAGUAAAAAUCUUGAUUAAAAGCAAGACUAUGACAAGUAAAGAAGCUAACCAAGAAGUGGAGAUUGCCCGGUGUCACAGAGGGCAGUAUUUUGGAGAACUUGCACUUGUUACCAACAAACCCAGAGCAGCCUCUGCCUAUGCUGUUGGGGAGGUCAAAUGUUUAGUCAUGGAUGUACAAGCAUUUGAGAGGUUGCUUGGACCCUGUAUGGACAUUAUGAAGAGGAAUAUAACACAUUAUGAGGAGCAGCUGGUGGCAAUGUUUGGCUCUAGCAUGGACCUUUUGGAUCCAGGAAAUUAGGCACAGGGUACCUCAAUGCCUUCUUAGUUCAAGACACAGAAAAGCCUCCUAUCAGCAACACAACUCACAAGGAAAAUGGACACUACGGAACAGUUACUGCUGCUGUCUUCUUGGGCAUUUUAGAAACCAUAAACGAGUCUCAGCACAGAUGGAUUGCUCACUCCCUGCCUCCACUUUGCUGCUGAUACUUCAUUAUUAGACCUAGAUUAAAGAUGAUUCUAACCCUAUGCUCACUUACUUGGUUCAGAAUGGCAUCUGUCCAACAGUUCAAGUGCCUGAUAUGAAACCCAAAGUGUGCAAGGUAGAGAAGCCUCCUUCCUUCUGGUGUUACUGUUGGGAUAAACUUUCAGAUCAGAUUGUGUAGUGGGAGGUCGCCUGCUCUGCAGAGGCACCCUGUGGGGAGUAUGAGCCUUUUAUGGGCUUAUUACCUUAAUUGGAUGCUUUCCUUACACAAUGUCAAAUUUGCUUUUAAUUGUAGCAUCUGGGUUUGAA